UGCAAUGUUGACUGAUACCCGGAAGUUACGUAAUCGUUGCUGACAGAAAAGAUGGAGGAUGGGACUAGCUUGAAGACGGGGUUUCUUCUCCGAUAUGAACCAAGCAAAAGAUGGAAGUUAAGGUGGUUUGCCCUGCUGGAGGAACAGUUAGUGUGUACACACAAAUUGCAUCAUUCAAUGGUGGUGGACAUCAUUCCCCUUGAGGGAGCCUCAGUUGUUUGUCCAAUAACUGACCCCCAGCUGAAUACACCAAAUACCGGUAAUUUGCACUCGUUCUGUGGUACCUUUAAGAUUACUACACCAGGGGGAGACGAACUAUUUUUUCAAGCAGCAGGGAAGCAUGACAGGGAUAUGUGGGCUCAUGCUGUUGGAGCAGUGAUACGGGCACUUAGUGGGUCUAAACAGGACUCCCAGCAGCCUAUUCCAUUUACUGCAUUUAGGGCUACAGCAAAUGUCAGUGAAAUCCUGGGAGCCAUGCAAGACCCUGAUGCUGGAGUUAACCUUGGGAGUCAUGUCCGUAAUGGUGCUGUGCAUAAAAACUGUUUUACAGGCAGUGCUGUGGUAGACUGGCUUGUAAGAUGGUCAAUUAUAAGGAAAAGGGAGGACGGGUCGGCCAUGAUACAAACACUGCUAAAAUUAGGUCAUGUACAGGAGGUGGACAUCAAUGAUGGAGCAUUGGGAGCCUCUAAAAAAUUCAGUGAUGGAGACAAACUGUAUCGCUUUUCCUCCUUAAACCUUGGUGCCAAGAGGAACAGUUACUAUGACAGCACAGACAGUGACACUAGCUCCUCCGAGGAUGAAGAAGAUGAAACUCAGGAAAACAAGCUUCGAAAAGGCAAAGUCCUCAAAGCAUCCUUCUUGUCAAAAAAGAAAAGUAUUAGAAAAGAUUGGCGAAUUGUUAGAGUAACAUUGAGAGAAAACCCACCCUCCAUAGAAUAUUCAAGGGUUUUGCAUGAUCACACAAAAAGAGGGAAAAUUAUUGAUGUGGAAGAUGUAAAUACAGAAGAAGCUAAGAAUGAUUGCCUAGCUUGUGGUCAGGAUGCUGCAGAAACAGCUAGGCUCAAAAAGAGAAUUGUUCUGAGGGACAGGAAGGGGAAAUGUUACAUCUUCAAAACCAAGGAUGAACAGGAAAAACUGGAGUGGCUUCCCCUUUUGCAGAGCCUCAGCAGAAGAGCCUCGGUUGCUCAGUAACAGAUGUGGAAAAUGUCAAAAAUUACGAACAAAAUGAGUCUCAUAACCAGAGAAAGUUCGAGAUUUAUUAAUGCUCAGAAGUUUUAUUGGUGCAUUUCUUUUUUAGUUUUAGGUAGAGCAAAGGGUGGUGUCAGGCUUUUCAAAGUUUUGCUCUCUUUGUUUUGAUAAUUAUCAACCUUAGUAUUUAAAAAUCUUUCUUUUGUCCUUUGAAAAUUAGACAUAUCAUUAUGAAGCUAUACUUCUUUUUAAAAUCAAUAUACAAAAAAUGUGUAUUGCUAAAAGAACAUUAUUUAUGUUUUCUCUCAUUUUUUUUAUUUUUUAUAUUUUUUUUUUUGUCAGAAAUUUAUAAUAUUCUGAAGGUCCAAUUAUUUUUAUGAACAGAUUAGGCGUGGGGACUUUUGAAUAGAGUACAGUUUUUAAAACUAAAAUCUUCAAUCGGAAUUAAUUAUUUACCUUAGACUAUAAUCAGGAUACUUUGUAUA